UUUUUGUCUCAGAAAAUGUCACUUUUUGGUAAAAUUUUAGAAAAAUUUACAGAAAUUAAUUUGAUUAAAUUGUAAGUUUCCGAUCUCGGAUAUUUCCCUACUUUCCUUCAGAAUGGUGUGCCGCUUCAAUCCCUUUUACAUUGGACCAACUCCACCCAGCUGCUGCACGGAUUUGAAGUCCGAUUGCGAUUGCCCGCCGUGCUCACCGGAUACAGGGUAUCAGGAGCCUCGACCCGUUCACGAGGAGUGCAACCCGGGUGUGCCGAAGAAGGAGACCAAGGAGAGCAAGUGCAAUCCUCCUUGCAAAGAAGCCCCCAAAAAGGAAAAGAAGGAGAAGAAGUCCGAGAAUAAAGAGGCUAAAAAAACUAAAUAAAUUUAAGUUUUGCUAGAAAUUUGUAACAUAGAAUAGCCUUUUUUAAACACAACAUUGAAUCGUGCUGGCUACGAAUGAGCAUCGAACUUGGCUUGUUAAAAUUCAAUUACACGCAGCUCGCAGCUACAAAACUGAAUCCAUUUAUGCACCAUAUCAAAUCAAAGUCAACCGCAAAAAUAUAUUUUCAAAUUGAAUUCUCCCAUAAGAGAAAGGCACAAACGUGAAGAAGCGGUCAUAAAAACUCAAUAAACGGCAAUAACGCUUGAUAUACGUAUACGUAUAUAAAAAU